AUGAGGCCGUUAUUGAUGGGCGAUGGUUUUGUGAACAAAAUGUCUCCGCCGGGUAAUUGCAGUGUCCUGCCUUACUCUUCAGCGACAAGGUUGAACUGCAUUAUGUGCAUGGCGGCGGCGGUGUUGGCGACGUUUGCGGGUAUUUUCCUUUUUGUUCAAUAUUUUGGAUUUUUUUAUUCAAGUGCGCUUCGCAGUGUAUUUAAUGACGUUUUUGUUGUGGUUGUUGUAGUGCAGGUGGUGCAGGCGAUGCAGCUCUUCAUAUUCUCUUUCAUGACGGUAUUGCGCGGGGAACGCAUCCUAGAUGCGGGAAGCUGUUCGCCCUCUGGCAUGACGUAUGCAAUGUGCAACAUUAAUGCCUCGCUUCACCAGUACCUAGACGCGGUGCUGCAGGUGCUGCAGACGAUCUUCUUUCUUGUGCUGGCCAACAGUCGCCGUCUUUUCUCGCUGGAGCAACUGGACAACAGCGACGACGGGCGAAUUUUUCGUACGGGUGAGGGUGAAACCCAUGGAACUGCCCUUUUUUUAUGGGAACAUGGAUAUGCCAGUAGCGGAGUAAGCAACACGUCUUCCUUAAUGCAAUCUUCUCCUGACCACAGUGAUGCUCGUUCCAAACGACGAUGUCUGUGUUUCAGACAGAGCGAAGCAACGGGACCGGGUUUUUCAUCCUUGUUUCCUUCUUGCUGCAGGUGCUUUUUUUCCUGUUGUAGAGAUGGCUCGCUUGCCACCAAUAGAGCCGUGGGGAAUAAUCAUGGCAGUAACAGUAGUAAUAAUGGUGCCGCCAAUAAUACAAUUUUUGCUGCUACUUCUGGCACAUCGGCAUCUUUAUCCGUGCUUCAGUCGCCGUUGGUGUCACACGAUGACGAUGGUGAUGUGACGGCAGCAGCGCAUCCUAAGCACUACACUCUGCUACGUCUCACAUGGAAGUUUUACGUGGUUGCCUUUGUGUACGCUUUUGUUUUACUGUUUUUGUGCUGGAUAUUGCUGCUCUAUGUGCUAGACAUUGUGGUGGUGUCACAUAAUAAUGGUAUACCUUUGGAGGCGUCUCGAACAGUGGAGAAUACGCUUUUCUUUUCGCAGAAGCUUGCAUGGUGCUGGAUCCCCACUGCUGCUGACCUCUCUCCACCGGUGGCACUGUGGCAAAAGUCUGUCCUAGUGCUGCUGCAAUUAGCUGCAGCAUACGCCUGGCCGAUGGUUUUUUUUUUAGUGCGGUGUAUGCGUACACUACGUUGCGACGUUCUUCCCCUUCCUUGCUGCGCGAUCAUCCGAUUGUACUGUGGCGUAUCAUAG